CACAAGUUGUUUAUGGCAAAAGCAGAGGUUUUUGUUGCUACCAAUAGUAUUAAUUAAGUUUUCUAUAGUCUGCUCUCGGUACUGCUUGGCGCUUAGGAGCGCCCAUAGCAACCACGACGACCAUUGAACGUUGGGCAUCCAACAUGGGCCAUGGAUGGCGCCGCGUAAUGGAGAACGUGCGUCAGAAAGUUGGCGCGGACCGCACGUUUAAGGCAACAUCCAAUGCUCGGAACGAGGCCAUGUUCAAGGAGGCGACCGAGUUCUGCUCGCACCUGCGGCUCUUGGAGCGUGACUUGCGUAGCAUGCAUAAGGAGAUUGACGGCAAGUUUACAAACCUACGGAUAAUCUUGUCCUCGCCUCUUCCUCGCGCCUACGAGGAGGGCCUGAACGGCGCAGUGCCAUGCUCAGAGGAGGCGAAGCUUAUUGGACAGGGAGUUGGGCUAGAAAUCCUGCAGCAGGCAUCAAACAACUUAUGGUCCCGGUUGGACGACGAGGUCAUUAAGCCGCUUCGGUCAUGGCUGGUGGCCUAUCGCACUGUCUGCGACCGCAUGGCAAAGCUAGAGGCGCUGCGCCUUGAGCUGGAUUCGCGGCGACGCACGGUCGACAGCUUGACUGACAAGCUGGAGCGGCUUGAGAAGACGCAGCCCUCGCCUCAGCAAAAGGAGAAGCACGAGCAAGAGAUGGAAAAGGUGGCACAGCUCCUCCAGCACAAGCGCGACAAGUUGUCACGCACACAGCAUGCGUACCGUGAGCUGGAGCAGACCGUCUUCAAUUCGUUGAACACUUUGAUCAAAGACACGGGCGUCCUGCGUGACUACACCGGUUUGUCCCUGCAAAUUAUCCAGGACUGCUUCCAAAAGAGCCAUGCCGCCUUCAGCACCGCCACACCGUUGCUGGACUACAAUUCGACGUCGGACAACCUCUUCAACCAGCACCAAUCGCCCUACCAGCAGCUGCCGGUCAUGGAGAAGGCCCAGUCGGAGCGCGUACAUAUGCUGCGGCAGCUAACUGAGCAGCGGCCAAUGGUCGGGCGCGCAGCCAGUGCCAAGGACGCAGACCGCGGCGCGGCAGUGUACGCUGUUGCAGACGACGGAGGGGAUGCUUACGGUAUCGACCAGCAGAUGCAGCCGCAGGUUGGGAUGCAGCCUUACGCGGAUCUGGCUCCUAACGUCGGCCCCAUGGCUGGCGCCGGCGUAAACCCCUACCAGGGUGCUUACCAGCAGAACCCCCAUGCCGCACGCUACAUGCCUAACCCAUCACCGACGGCGUGGCAAGCCCAGGCAAUGCAGUACUAGUCUUGCGCUUUACUCUCAUGCUUCCAUUCCGCCCUCAUUCGCGUCCGUAUGACAAGGGGCUGACCCAGCAAUGCUUAUUUGAUAAGAUGACAACGGUGACUAAAGGGAUGAGCUGCGGGCAGGUGACGCAUGACUCUUAUAUGCAUAAGACUCUAGUGAUGAAAUGUUGUGUUUUAGACUAGGGCUUGGAUGCAGGCAAGGGGAUCUUAGGGACGAGGUAGUUACUCAGUCUUAACAAGUCCACGUACUUGGUGAUUCAUCGACAUGCAAUGCUUGGCAGUAUGACCGCAUGUAAAGGACCAGGAGUAGGCGUGUAGGACAGACUCGUGUAUGUGCCAGUGCACACUGACACGCCAGCGUUGCUUACUACGAUGUCCUCAGCGAAAGGCCUGUUGCAGAGGAGGUGUGUAGACUUAAUGGGUGCCGGAGGGUGCAGCAGGUGAUAGUUACGGCACAGUACGACAUAUUGCUGGCUGCGAUUAUAUAUCAAGUGAUGUCUUUGUUGUGACAAUGCAUAGCUGGUGUGUUUUCUUUGGAUUUGCUGCGUGUUUUGGAACCACCUUUGAAGGCUGGGCAGUA